CUUCGGCACCUCCGAUACCUCAAAGGUCGGACCCCUUGCAGAUGUGGCCCUCUUCCUCUCUUAGUCACAAACGAAACAACAGUGAUACUACGCGUAAUCAGCAAGAUAACAGUACUUCUCUGGAUCUAAUGGGAAGUCUGCGACGGUCCGAACCAUCGGUAGUUAAGACAAGAAACGGAAGCGUAUUGUCUCGGGGUUUCAUCCUAAAGACAGAUUUUUAUCCCUCAGGCCGCGCUCUUGAUUUGGAUCUGAAUGUCCAUGGCGCACCCAACUUUCGUGCGCCCCGUAUCGGCAAUCUCAACGUCUUCGGAGUCGCUCAACCACGAACCCAGGGUCUUAGGGCUAUCCUUUCUAUUCUUAGGUGCACACCAAACGCCAAAGAUGCCUCUCAUGUCGUCUGGUUUUCCACUAGAGAAGAACCCAUUGUAUACAUAUCCGGGAGGCCUUUUGUUUUGCGAGAUGCAUCGGAGCCCAAAAGGACUUUCUCCAUGUCUGACCGCGCUGAAAAUCUCGAAGCCAUCGAGCUCAGAUUGAAGAAUGACAUAUUACAUGAAGCCAGCCAGUUUGGUGGCCUCCUACUUACUCACAAUGAAAUGGCUACUGAAAGCGGAGAAGGCGCCAUAUUGCCGACGUGGACAGCUGUUGACAUCCAUAAUGUCAAGACUUCGCGUGAAUUGUGGAAUUUUAUGAAACAGAGUGGUUGGAAUGUCGAUUAUCACCGUAUACCAAUCUCCCCUGAUCGUCCCAUAGAGGAUAAUUAUCUUGACGCAUAUUUGCGUGUUAUCAAGCAAACUGAUCCUCUGCGAACAUCUUUGGUGUUCUCUUGUGGUAUGGGUGCUGUACGAACGACGUUCGCUAUGGUCGCAGCAUCCAUCGUCCGACGUAAACAACUCAUAUCCAAGGGCUUGCCGGAUCCCUAUGCCGUGAAAGGCUUUCCAAUGGCUAGCAUUCACGGCAGUGGGACGAGUUCACCUUCUAGUCUGGACACCGAGAGCCGACUUUUGCAGUCCAUGGAACAGGCCAAUGCCCAACAGGAGCUUAGUAGAUCGCUUUUAAAGCUCACAUACCUUCUUCAGCACAUCUUGCAGGACAAGAAUUCGCAGUCUGCUACUGAACUCCUUAUCACUAGGCCUACUCUCCUGGAAAACCUACGGAGAGCUCACAUGGGUAACUAUGGUAUCAUCCUUAGCCUAUUGGGUUGUUUAGACCAGGGCCUUCAGGCAAAGAAAUUGGUUGAUCGCAUCAUCGAUGCUGCGGACCACGUUACGAACUUGCGCGAAGACAUCCUUGUGCAUCGUAUCAAAUACUCCCUUAUCAGUAUGGAAGAAGAAAAGGGAGAAGUAUUACUUGAGAAGUCUAGACGGGCAUUAGAGAAAUACUUCUUCAUUAUCGCGUUUGCAAGUUACGUUGAUAGUUCGGAAGAUUUUAGUCAAACUUUCUCGAACUGGCUGAAGGCUAGAAUAGAGAUCUGGAAUCAAGUCAUGUUCUUGCGCAAGUCGAUUGGGACACGAUUGAAUGUGUUUGCACCUGUGAACGAUUUGUCUUCGCUAUCCAAGUCUGGAUCUGCAGGAAGAGCUCUUGUCCCCGGAAGGAAUAACGACGUAGCCAUCGCCGGAGGCCAAAUUCUAGGAGAUGAAUUCUCGACACACGUCAUAAAGCACCGUAGCGGUAUCAUUCUGCGCGAAAGUACAUUGUUGAAGUCCGACCAGUGGCUUAGUCAAGGGCGUUGCAUCGAUGAUGGUGUCCGUGGUGCCAUCAAUUUCAGACGCGUUCCGGGAACAAACAUCUAUGCUUUGGGGCAACCAACCAUCGAGGCAAUCGACGAAGUUGUAGUUCGAAUCAAGGGUGUUCAUCCGUCUGCCCAAAGAAUCAUUUGGAUCACAUUGCGUGAAGAGCCCAUUGUCUAUAUCAACGGAGCACCCUACUGUCUUCGCAGGGAAGGGUUCUCGUUAAGAAAUAUGAAGGACUACGGUGGCAUUUCCGCUUCUCGACUAGAAGUCUUGGAGCAGCGUCUACGAGAUGACGUUAUCUCAGAGGGACAAGCAUUUGGGGGACGUGUACUCCUCCACUCCGAAACUGCUGAUGGAACCGUCGUACCAAUUUGGGAGGAAGUCGAAAGUGAUAAUGUAGUCGUUCUAAAGGAUGUCAUGGCCAGCCGACAGUCGACGCAAGGGGUUGAACUCGUUUAUGAUCGUAUUCCCAUCACUGCAGAGCGACCACCUGAUUUCUCUGAUCUUAGCGAGUUGAUCGAUGUCGUGUUGCGCUCAUCGAGGGACACGCCUAUUGUCGUUAACUGUCAGCUAGGCCGAGGUCGGAGUACGUUGGCCUCGAUCAUCCUCUUACUCAUCCGGCAGUGGCUGGAUUCGCGCCGUACCCCUCAAACGUCUCACUUUAGGCUUCAACGUACUAUCUCUAUGUCGACCAUGUCGCCGAUAGAGCCUACUUCAUCAUCCAAGCAGCGCCAAUCUUACCAGGUUAUCAACAAUCUGCUCCGAGUGUUUAGAAAAGGUUUAGAUGUCAAGAACAUCGUGGACGACACCAUAGACCAAUGCGACGUAUUCUACAAUCUCAGAGACUCUAUUGAAGAGAACCGCAUCAGAGCUGAACAGGCCACAGAUGAGAAACAGAAGAAAUUGCAUACGCAUAAAGCCUUGCAUAACUUAAGGCGAUACUUCGACCUGAUUGUGUUCCAAGCCUAUCUGCAAUCCACGGAGCCGGACACCAUGGACAAUUUUGAAAGUGUGGAGACUUUCGUGAAGAACCGACCCGUCAUCAAGACAUUCGAGAAGGAGCUGCUUGCUGACGGCAUAAAUGCUUUGAAGCCAUUGGAGCGGUCAAACCUCACUCACGGUGUCGCACAUCCUGAUGAGGUCCAUCAAGUCGUCACCAAUCGUUCCGGUAGCAUUCUUUCAGCAUCAACUAUAUUGAAGAGCGAUUUCUUCUCAAAUUUACAGAAGAUGACACUCCCAGAACGAAUCGAAGGGUCACCCAAUUUUCGCAGAAUACCGCUGACACUUUUCCUCUCCUCUUCUGGUGAGUCCACUCCGUCCGCAGAGCAAGACCAACCGUACAUGGCUUCGGACGGAAAAAUGGUGUGUGGGAGUGGCAUGCCAACAGUAGAUGGUUUACGACGGGCACUCAAACGCGUAGAAGCUGGGCCGGAUGGACAUAAUAUGGUUUAUUGGACGUCUCUGCGAGAGGAGCCUGUAAUUUAUAUUGCAGGGAGGCCCCAUGUCCUUCGUCUUGUAGAUAAACCUCUUGAGAACGUAGAAGCGACAGGUGUAACUACAGCCAUGGUCGAAGCCAUGGAACGUGCCUUCAAAAGAGAUGCCCUGCGUGAGUUGAGGGCAGGUAAGGGACGUAUACUGUUACAUGAUGAAGUGGAAGAGAGACCUGGUGUCUUCUCCAUUAUACCAUUAUGGGAAGAGGUGGAAGAGAAGGAUAUUUUGACCCCUCGUGACGUAUUCAAUCUUAUAACAGCGGAAGGUUUCAAGCUUGACUAUGGUCGAAUAGCAAUUACUGACGAGCAAGCUCCCCUACCUGAUGCGCUAUCGUUGCUCUUGGAACGCGUGAAAUCAGGCCUGUCAAAGGCCGGCGAUUUCAUCUUCAAUUGCCAGAUGGGCCGAGGACGAACAACGACAGGGAUGGUGACUGCCUGUUUGAUAUCUACGAUGAUGAACUGGAACAGCGAAGCGAAUGAUAUCUUGUCGCAUGACGAGGCGGUAAAGGUUUUCGAUUCAAUCGACGGCUACUCGGAGGAAGAGGCCUAUAGGCAAGGAGAGUACAAGACGAUUCUUCAACUCGUCGGUGUCUUGUCACGCGGUAAAGUGGCUAAACGUUUAGCGGAUAGAGCAAUCGACCAGAUGCAAGAUGUCCAAAACCUACGAAAGACGAUUUACGAUUACAAGCUGAAGGUUGAUGCAUGCGAGAAAGGCAGUUUGAAGGAGCGCAAACUACGCAGUGUGACAGUCAACUACCUAUACCGGUACGGGAUGCUUAUCGUGUUCGCCAACUACCUCAUCGAAAUGUGGGAGAGGAAGGUUGAGAUCAUCUUCUCAGAAUGGCUCUCCGGGCAUAGAGAAAUUACGAACCUGCUGAGCCGGCGAUCAUUGGACUAAUUUCUUUAAUAUAUUCGGAUGGAUAGACUGGUCUAGAGAUACAGAUUGGCAUGGCAUGACUAGGGUAAACGCUCGACAACAAGAUAUUAGCUCUACAUAUGAUGACUGCUUCCAACCGUUUUGCUUUCUUGUUCACGCCCAGUUGUCAAUAAGCGAAUCGCG